GCGACGCCGGUCCGAGAGAAGCGAGGCGACGUGGCGGGGAGCGGCCUGUCCCGCGGAGGACCCGGCAGAUAUUAUGGAAGAGGGAAGCAGUAUUGCAGUAUUGGUGCCAAAUAUUGGGGAACAGGAAGCUGUACUGAUUUCUGAAACAGUCAUUGGCUCAACACUGGAAAGCAGUGAAGAUCACAGAAAAUGUAAAACUGAUCCUCUAAUCCAUGUUAUCGAAAAAUUAAGCAAGAUAGUAGAAAGUGAGAAGUCACAGAGAUGCCUUUUAAUAGGGAAAAAACGUUCCCAUCCUAAUGCUUCUACGCCAUCUUUUGAAACACAAGAAAUUUCUGAGAUCCCAGCUAAAACAAUGGAGCUGCCUGUUAUUGGCAUUAAAAAGACUGAUGAGCUACAAGCAGAUUAUGUAACCAAUUGUCUUCCACAAAGUAAAAGAAAGGUUAUAUGCUACCAAUGUAGUCUAUGUAAAUUUCUAUCGCCAUCUCUUUCUAUACUACAAGAACAUAUAAAACAACAUGGUCAACAGAAUGAAGUGAUAUUAAUGUGCUCAGAAUGCCACUUUGCUUCUAAAAAUCAAGAAGAACUUGAAGUUCAUGUCAGAAUUCACCAUGAGAAUGAUGGCAAAAACCAGUCAAAAGUGCAACAAUGUGUAAAUCUCUCAACUUCAUCUUUGCAAGGGCCAGUGGAAGGAAGUGUCAAAGCAGGCACUGAUCAGGCAGUACAUCUGGACUGUAAAGGCAUAACUCAGUCUACUCCUAUAGCUGAAAUGGGUAGGAGAAAAUGGUAUACUUAUGAGCAGUAUGGCAUGUAUCGGUGCUUAAUUUGUAGCUACACUUGUGGUCAGCAAAGAAUGUUGAAAACCCAUGCAUGGAAACAUGCAGGUGAGGUUGAUUGUUCCUAUCCUAUAUUUGAAGAAGAAAAUGAGCCUGCUAGCUUGUCAGAUGCAACUGUAACUCAUACGCCUCAUAGUGUGGAUACAAUUGUUCUCUCUCUAGAAAAUAAUGAACUAGACAUCCAUAGUGACCAUUCUCUUCAACUCCAGAUUUGUAGUUCUGAGCAACUGUCAUGUAAAUCUCCACCAGUGGUAGAAAAUGUAAAAGAGGAGGAGGUUCUAAGUCAAUCAACAGCCCUUUCCCCUACUGGAGAACUGUUAGAGGAAACCAUAUCGGAUACAGAGCAAGAUAAUUUGAUAACUGAUAGCCUACUUUCAUCAGCACAGAAAAUCAUUAACUGUAGCCCAAAUAAGAAAGGUCAUGUUAAUGUAAUAGUAGAGCGCUUGCCAAGUGCUGAAGAAACUGUUUUACAGAAACCUUUUCUAAUGAACACUGACAUUGAAGCUGAGAAAAAAUUAAUCUCAGAGGAAUCCCAGGUUGUGUGUGAAGGAUCUGGUGAAGUUUAUCACUCAGAUGAAAUUGAAGAAGUAAUAAUCGGAUGGAGCAAUACUGAGAAGAAAGAUAAUGAUUUAAUCUCUAAUAAAGGCAUAGCAGCUGAUGAAAAUGCCCCUCCUGUGCGAAGAAGAACAAAUUCGGAGUCUCUGAGACUGCACUCGUUAGCUGCAGAAGCUCUUGUUACAAUGCCUAUCAGAGCUGCAGAACUAACAAGAUCCAGCUUUAGGGCCUUCACUGCGGUAAACUCUUUAGAUGCAGAUACAGGACAAAGACAGACGGAUGGCACUUGUGCAGCCCAUUCUAAAAUGGUAUUGUCACUUAAAAACCCUCCAGAGGGGUUAACUAGUUUAAACCAAAGUGACUGUGCAAUAAUGGAGCUACAGAAGGACAAACCAGAGCUAUCAGAAGCACCAAUUAAAAUGGGCAUUAGUAUGUCACUGCUCACAGUAAUUGAAAAAUUGAGAGAGAGGACAGAUCAGAAUGCUUCUGAUGAUGACAUUUUGAAAGAAUUACAGGACAAUGCACAAUGCCAACCUGUGAAUGACAUGAACAUGCCAGGAAGUAACCUGGUAGAGUACAUACCCAAUGUAGAUCGACCAUACCGCUGUCGCCUAUGCCAUUAUAGCAGUGGCAAUAAGGGCUACAUAAAACAACACUUGAGAGUCCAUCGUCAAAGGCAACCAUAUCAGUGUCCUAUCUGUGAGCACAUAGCUGACAAUAGUAAAGAUUUAGAAAGCCACAUGAUCAACCACUGCAAAACCAGAAUGUAUCAAUGCAAGCAAUGUGAAGAAUCCUUUCACUAUAAGAGUCAGCUGCGAAAUCAUGAGAGAGAGCAACAUAGUCUUCCAGAUCUGCUCUCAACAGCAACAUCUAACAAACUAAUAGUUUCCAGUGAGGCAGAUGAAAGAGAAGGGAAUAAGCCUUCAGUCCAGAAACUCUAUAGAUGUGAUGUGUGUGACUACACAAGCACAACAUAUGUUGGGGUACGAAAUCACAGACGGAUUCAUAACUCUGAUAAGCCAUACAGAUGUUCUCUUUGUGGAUAUGUAUGCAGCCACCCUCCUUCCCUGAAGUCCCAUAUGUGGAAACAUGCAAGUGAUCAAAAUUAUAAUUAUGAACAAGUGAACAAGGCUAUUAAUGAUGCAAUUUCACAAAGCGGCAGGUUUCAAGGGCAGCUACCUGGAAAGACUCUAUUAGAAAGCACUGAUGAAAGUUUAGUACCUGUUCUAGGGAGUUCAGAGAACUUGGUGUCAUUUUCAGAGUCCAUUAAUCAGACUACUAAUGAAAUUUCAGGUUCCAAUGAAAAUCAAAAACUUAAUCCAACAAUUAAUACCUCAUGCAAUGUAGAAAAGAACUCCAGUCAGCCCCACCUUGGUACAGAAUACUGUGUUCUACUCUUCUGCUGUUGUAUUUGUGGGUUUGAGUCCACCAGCAAAGAAAAUCUGUUGGAUCAUAUGAAAGAACAUGAAGGUGAAAUCAUAAACAUAAUUCUAAAUAAGGACCACAAUGCAACUCAGAACUCCAACUAG